ACGUAUGUCCUCGGGGCCAACUCCACCCCAACUGAGCCAAUCACCAUUUGGUCACUUCUCGUACCUCUUCCAGCAACAGCAUCAUCCGCAUUCACACCAAAUACACCCGACUCCAUUCGCUGUACAACGUCAAGGUGGUGGUUUUAAAUUGAAACGGCAACGACAACGAGUUGACGCCGGUGAACCAAGAAAUAGCUAUCAGCAACAAGGCAAGGGAUUUCGUGACGAUAUGGCUUCGGAUGCGAUGAGUGCAUUGUUUCCUUGGAUGAGUCAGACAACGGAUCUGGACUUUAUCAAAGACGAACAACCAACUGAUCUUAGCUGUAAGGAUAAUGAUAAAAUGGAUAUGCCCGAUUCGUCUGAAGAAAUAGAUCAGCUUGAUGUUGAAAGUGCAGAGGAUCAGGUUACUGAAAUCGCAACAGACGAUGCGCCCGUGUCUGAUCAUCAACGGUUGAGUAACGGAAGCGCCAACUCGACUGUGUCAUCGUCCUCAUCCAAGCGGAAAUCCUUCCAACCUCAAAAGAACGUCGAGGAGGAAAUACCUGAAGAUGAUGAGGAUAAGUGCGAAGAAGCUGAAGACACACUAGGAGAAGAACAGGAAGCGGACGCUUCGGCGAAAUUGGACGAAAAGCCAGAAAGUGAUAGUGCAAGGCAGUUCGAGGGUCUGAGCGCCCUCCAAUCUCAAUUGAGUCAGCCGAACCUGAAGCUGAAUGAGAUGUUUGAAACUCAAAGAAAGUUGUAUAGUAAUCUUAUCGAACAACAGAAGAAAUUCUUCCCACAACCGGAAAUUAUUCCCGAAAAGCCGAGAGCACGCGAUUUUUCGCAGCUUGCACAGACUUUGAAGACUGAAAUUAUUGAUUCCUUGUCAGGAUCAAUCGAUAAGGUCCUCAAAGAAUGGGCAGCAAACGAAAUGGCUCGUAUACAACAAGAAAUGGCAGCGGCAGCUCGACCCGCAGCCGUGCCACCCAUGUUCAACCCGCUGUUUCCAGCUCCGAACCCAUUAGCUGCUCAUUUUGGACUGAAUCCACAUUGUAAUUUGCCACCAGCUGGGAUUUUUCCCACGCCUCUAAACGCGUUUAAUUCCCUGGCAGCAUUGAAUCAGAUGCGCCGCCCAUUUGAUGAUGAUGGUCCCAAAAAGAAAAGAAGCAAGGUUACCGAUAGUGUUCGGAAACUUAAUGGUGGCACACCUAUGGUUCGUGAAGGAUCACCAAGUAGCACGAGAAGCAGCCCUGUGUUGUCACAAACUACGCCAUUGUCUAACUACUUCCCACCUACAAUGGUUGGUCAUCCGUUGUACGGCGGUGCAACCUUUGGAGAAAGAGAAGGAAGUCCCACCAAUUCGGAUGAAACUAGUGAAUGUGGAGGUUAUGAUGGAGGCCAAAGCUCAACACUUACGCCUGUACACUUAAGAAAAGCCAAAUUGAUGUUCUUCUACACUCGUUACCCAAAUUCUACGCUCCUCAAGUCGUACUUCCCAGAUGUGCGAUUCAAUAAAAACAACACAGCACAAUUGGUGAAAUGGUUCAGCAAUUUUAGGGAGUUCUACUACAUACAAAUGGAUAAAUUUGCUCGACAAGCACUUGCUGAAGGAGUGACGUCACGCGAUGACAUCAUUGUAACAGCAGACUCAGAAAUAUUCCGUACACUCAAUCAGCAUUAUAAUAGGAACAAUCAUGUACAGCCCCCAGAUAGUCUAGUCCAUGUAGUACAAGAGUCAUUGCGUGAAUUUUUCGAUGCGAUCCGUCUUGGAAAAGAUGCUGAACCAUCUUGGAAAAAACAGAUUUACAAGAUAAUCAAUCGAUUAGAUGAUCCAAUCCCCGAAUACUUCAAAGAUCCCAACUUCCUAGAGCGACUUGAGUAACUUCAUUCAUGUGUUAAUAUAGAUAUCAUUCAUUAUAUUCAUAGUGCUUGUAGCUGAGCACUCUUCUCAUUCAUCUCUAUGCAUAAUUGUCGCUGUGAUGAUUCUCUAUUUUAUAUCUUCCUGCUUUAUCACUUCCUUUAUCGUCCAUAAUCAGCUUUAUAUCAUGUUUUUUUUUCCUUCAAAGAAAAUGUCUAAGUCAUUCGAUGUGCAAUCGAUGCAAGAUCGAUCGGAUCAAUCAUCAGAUAAUAUUCUAGCGUUAUUUUUUUGUCUAUCUCGUAUAUAGGUUGUUCAAUCACCAUUGUGCCUAAUAUCGAUCUUCUGUAAUUUUUUCAAUCAAUUUGUUUUGUAUUUGAACGUAUUGUAUUUUUUCUUUCCAUUUUAUCAUGUGAGUUUGCACUUCGUAAGCAUUCCUCUGUACAGUAUCUUAUCUUAAUUAACACAUUUGUUUAAUUUUUCGUUUUAUGUAUUUUCUUACAAGCAAAGAAUCAAAUAGUGUAUCUAAUCUGCAUCUGCUAUCUCGUAGAUGUAGAAGAGUAGGUUCAUUCAUUAAUAUAAAUUUUUUUACUUUGAAAAUUU